AUGCACGACUUAAUGAAUCAAAUGGAUUCCGCAGGAUUCAUCAGCAUUGACUGCGGCCUGCCCGAUGGCUCGGGCUACCGAGAGAAUGUCACGGGGAUAACCUACGUUCCCGAUACCCAGUACGUCGACGCGGGGGAGACGAAGACCGUUGCGGCGGAGGGCUUCGCCAGGCGCUACCGGACCCUCCGCGUCUUCCCAGAAGGGGCCCGGAACUGCUACAACCUCCGGCCGGUGCAGCCGGGGGGCAAGUACCUGGUGCGAGCCGGGUUCUUCUACGGCGACUACGACGGCCUGCAAAGCCCCCCCGAGUUCGAGCUGCAUAUUGGGGUCAACGCCAGAAUCACCAUCCGAUUGCCGUUCAACGAUAGCAGGCUCUACGAGGUCAUCGCGGCGGCCCAGGAAGACGCCAUAUGGGUCUGCCUUGUAAACACGUACAAAGGAACGCCAAUCAUAUCGACGAUCCAGCUGAGGCGGCUUCCAAACUUCUUAUACCCCCAUGCCAACGCGUCUCAGAGUUUGCUUCUCCAACGGCGCGCUAACUUCGGAACAGAGGCCCAGUUUAGGUGAAGCGCAUCUCUGUAUGAGACAUGCCCGCCCCCGCCCUUCUUGCUGUCGUCAUUAUGCAGUAUAAGAAACUGGGUAGGGGCUUCCUUCCCCAUCGUCAGCAUGAAUCUGAGAAGAAAACUCAACUUUCCUGCAGGUACCCGGAAGAUCCCUACGACCGUAUUUGGCAAGGCUCGGUGGGGAGUUUUACUGUGAUCGACACCACCAAACCUGUGGCGUCAACUCAAACUGACCCAUUUCAGGUACCCUCGGUAGUUCUGAGGACGGCCAUCUCGAUUCCAAGCGUCCGCUUCGUGUUGACCCUUAGGACUGCCGUCGGAGAUCCGGACGACACAGUCUACGCCGUCUUGCACUUUGCCGAGCUCCAGAAUUUGAGCCCCCCCAACCGAACGAGGAUCAUGUACAUAUUCGGGAUGGGUAGCAGUGCGACGAUUCUAAGGAAUUACAGCGCUCCGUUCCUGGAGGCAGAUCACUUAGAGAUUACCAACGCCGCAGUCGGACAAACGAGGAUCUACAACAUUUCCAUGAUCGUCCUGAACACAUCGACGCUGCCUCCAAUGAUCAACGCCAUGGAAAGCUUUCUGGUGAAGAAAGUCGUCGAACUACCGACUGACCUUGGCGAUGGUGAGACCCGAUUAACCUCCCAUUUUGAUUUCGUCACUCCUACUAUUUCGCCUCUCUAACCCCUCGUUUUAACUUCUGGAAAAAAUGGCUAUAAUCCCGGAUUGAGUUUACCAAAAUACCCGCGACCCGACUGUGAAAAACAAUCGAUUUAUCCCAGUCUCUAAAGAAUCAGUCCAAAAAAUAUUCACCCAGACAGCUCGGUAAUGCCGAGUAUUUUUAGCUGGGUAAUUAGACACAAUGUGAUGGGAGAAAAUUCUGCGGAUCUAUUUGUUCAUAUCUCAAUUAUUUGUUUACCGCGAUCUUGUCUCCAGUUCGUGCCAUCCAAGGCAUCAGGGCAGCGUACAAGCUGAAGAGAAAUUGGCAGGGGGACCCAUGUGUGCCCAAAGAUUAUGUAUGGGAUGGGUUGCGCUGCGACUAUUAUGAUGGCUUCGAUACCCCAAGGAUCAUCUCUCUGUAAGUGGGUUGAGCCCAUUGAAUACGAAACCAAAUCCAGGUAUCCAACUCCAACCAUUUAUUUAUCAGAGUUGACCUUAUAUGAGUGAUGCAGAAACUUAUCGUCGAGUGGACUAGUUGGUGGAAUUCCCGUCUCUAUUGCGAACCUCACUGCCUUAACAACAUUGUAAGAACUCCCUCUGCUGUUUUAGAAGCCUUAACUGGAAGGAAUACCUUCAUGGUUUAUAUUUUAAUUGAUUUUUUAUAGGGAUUUGUCAGACAACAGUCUUUCGGGCAUGUUUCCAGACUUCUUGGCGGAGUUACCCGCUCUUAAGUUGCUGUGAGUUUCAAGAAUUUGGCUUCCUCGGUUCACAUCGUUUAAGGUAUCUCAAUGAUAAAUGGUUGCCUCUCACCCUUUCUAUCAGGAAUUUGGCAGGCAAUAACAUCACCCUACCGUCUGAAGACCUAUGCGCAAAAGUAAUGAACGGGCGUCUUUCUUUAAGGUUCGUCUCGUAUUAUUUCAAAUGAAUGGCUCCAGUCCUUACUUUUGAUUUGAAUAAAAAAAAAUAGUAUGUAUAUUUAUCUUGGAAAAAUACUUCACUAGAGAUGUUGCUGUGUCUCUCUCGGACUACGAGAUCACAUGCUAUAAAGCUAUGACACGCAACAGAUUUUUCAGUCUGUGAUUUCCCAUAAUUGUGACCAAAAUGUUUUUUUUUUUUUACUUUCUAUGAAAAAUCUAGGAUUGAAGGGCUUGAAGAGAGGUCCUCCAUUCAGCCAAGUUCCAAUUUACCAAUCCCAAGUUCAUCGGUCUCAAACAAAACAGGGUAUCUUGUUCCUCUCACCAUAGCCGCGUCACUGGUUCUGCUGGCGGUCUUCUUGAUGUGAAUCAUUUCAGGAGAACAAGGAGACACCUUUGUUAAUAUCAACAUGAAUUUCAUCCGAAGGUUUCUUUCUUUUCAAGAGACAGAUUUUGGCAUUUGUGUGAUUUCUCAGUUAUUUUCUUAUUUACGUUAUUUAUACUACAUUACAUAUGUAUAAAGUAUAUCAGAAAAUACUGUAGCGUGGAAAAACAGUGGGGACAAUCUUCCAUGAUACGAUAAGAACACAGAGUACAAACAAGUUGAGUCAACUUUCACUUUAAACUAGCACGAUUGCAUCUUCUUGUCGGCAAUGUCAACAUCCCAACUAAAUGAACUAAUAUCAUAUUUGUAGUUUUUUUUUUUUUUUCUUUUUGUCCCGUCCAUGAGUCUAUUCCGUAAUAAUUUUGUUUCACGUUUGACAGCUUGCAAAGAGUCUUUCAUAGUCCAGGAACUUCUGUGAACGUAUUAUAUGUUGAAGGAAUGUAAUAUAAGCUUCAAAUUUUGGAAGAUUCAGAACAUGUUCAAGCUUGUAGAUUUCUUGAAGACCUCAGAUUUAGGGGUGAUGCAUGGCAUAUGCAAGAGAUGUCACCAAAUGCUUAAACACGGUUUGCAUCAUAUCAUUUUUUCUUAAUUAUUAAACCUAUUCGAAACAAGAUUGCAAAGGAGCUACCACUAGACUAGGCUAAGGUGAUGUAAGGGUUGCUGAUUAUCGAGGAGAAGGAGAACUUGGCGGGAAUCUUUUCAUUAAGUAACGGAAAGCUGAAGAAUGCCUAACCUAGAGAAAAAAAUCAACCUUAACAUAUUGGGAACAAAUUGCCUCAAUGAAGGAUGAGGGAAAGCAUACCCCUGACCCAAAACAGUGAACGUUGUGAUUUUCUCACAGAGGGCCGGGAGCUUUAAUCUUGAAGUUGUCCUUCCAAAGCGACAUGUCGAGAUGAGUGCGACAAACUUCAAACUUCACUGAAGUUAUCGAACAUUAGAUUCUCCUCUUCUACGUGUGAGUGGAUGUCUCAUGGCACCUUCCAAAGUUUUAACUAGGAUGUGGAUGUAGUUCACAUCCAGUGAAGGCAUUCUAAUACUGAAUAAAAAACCGCACAAAAAUAUGUGAGGAGAUUCUAACCCAAGCCCAAUCAACCAGGCCUCUGCCCAAAAUUGUGCCAAAUCAAUCUCAACUGACUCUUCCCAAAAUCUCAUGAUUGGUCAGAAGAGAACUAGAUAUUAACUUUAGACGCAUGAUUUCAUUGUUUUAAUUCAAUGAGGAACUGGUCAUAGAAUAACGAGGCCCAUCCUACUCCUUUUUAAAGUCCCAUAUUGGGUGAUUUGCUAACUUAAAUUUAGUCCAUAGUUGUAAAAUGUGACUUUUCACUACUUCAUCUUCCUCUUAAAGAUGACUGAAAGAAAUGCAGCUUUGACCAACAAAAAUGAUUAAAAUGAAUGACAUAAAGCUUCAACCAAUAUGGACACUUAAACAAGUCCUCAUAGGUGGAGGGCUUCUAGAAUUGAAACUUCUAAGUCGUUUUAAAUUGUUAACAUCUCUAACUUCAGAAGAAUUUCUAUCCAAUAAACCCAAAUAAUUCAUCCUCAAGUUUAAUACUUGAAUACAUAGCAAGUAGUUCGCUUCAUUUUUUACGUUACUAUUUUGGGCAAACUUUGACCUUAAGCCUCAUGAGUCUUAUGCCAUUUUAG